UAAACAUUGUGAAAGAUUCUCCCAACAGGUGCCUUGGUUGUAUGCCAAGAUGGCACGGCCAGCUGCUACACACAAACAAACCAUGCCAAUAUGCCAUGCAUGCAUAGCCGCCAUGCGAGCGCUUGAAGAAACCAAACAGCUAAUCAGAUUGAAGAUUUGAAGGGAUAUUGUGCACGAGGGGCUCGAUCAGCUCCCCUAUAUAAAUCACACCAAAUGACCAAAAUGAUCUCAAUCCAAUCCGUACACGCAUCGCGUGCCCUUCCUCGAUCUCAAAACAAACCAAGAUUUCUCAAAUGACCAACACUCGGACGGCACUCAGCAUCUUGCUCCUGCUUCUUGCACUGCUAGUGGCUCCACCGUGCACGCCGGCAGCCGCCAGCACCGGCGACGCCGACGGCCGCAAGGCCCGCGCGGCGGCCACCGUGGCCGACAUCCUGGCGGCGCACAACGCGGCGCGCCGGGCGGUCGGGGUGGGCCCGCUGACGUGGAGCGACGGCAUCGCGGGGUACGCCAAGGCCUACGCCCGGUCCCGCCGGUCGGACUGCGCGCCGCGCCGGUCGCCGCUGUUCUACUUCGGCGAGAACAUCGCCGUGGGCAAAGGGCGGCGCCAGUGGAGCGGGGCGGCGUUGGUGAACCAGUGGGUGGACGAGGGCCGGCUGCGGUACGACUACGGCAGCAACUCCUGCGGCGCCGGGUCCGGGCCGGCAGGGUCUGCGGUAGGGUCUGGGUGCGGGAGGUACAGGCAGGUGGUGUGGCGCAACACGACGCAGCUCGGGUGCGGCAUGAUCGUGUGCGGCUCCGGCGACACGCUGCUCGUCUGCGAAUACUUCCCGCCGGGCAACGACGGCGACGGCCGCCCUUACUGAUCGCGGAUUUAUUAAGUUUGAGUUGAUUGUUCAUCACGUACCUACGUCCUGCAUGGAUCGAUGUUAAUUACCCGUUCGUUUACGCGUUUUGCGCCCGCGUUGUUUGUUUUCUUUGAUUCGUGAAUUGUUGUGGUUGCAAACUUGGAAUGAAUAAACUGCCGGUUUUGUUGUUGUCGUCGGUUA